AUGUCAGGCGCUGAAGCAGCACUCCUUGGAGUAGGCAUUCUCUGCAAUGCGAUGCAGAUCAUGACCUUCGCCAAGGACUCCAUCCAUGUCUAUCGCAACAUCCGAGAUGGACGAGCUCCUGACCCAAAACUAGAAUCAUAUCUGAAGAAUGCGAAGGCUUCUUUUAACGAGAUGAACUAA